CCUGAUCAUUCUAUGGUCCUGAUGGAUUAGAUUUGCGGUAAACGCAUUAAAUCGUAUAUUAUAAUACAUUAAACGGAACAGUAGGUGGCGGCAUGUGCUUUUGCCACCAGCCCGUCAUUAAACAGAAGAAGAAGAAGAAGAAGAAGAACUUGCAACAGAAUAGCUCAGACUUGCAGUCCGCGAGUGAUCUGGUUUCGCGGUGCAGGGCGCUUCACUGACCCGCUGCUGGUAUGGAGGGAUCCGGGGAAGAGUUCAUGAAAUACCGCUCACCGCUGGUGUCCCGGUACGCCAGCAAAGAGAUGGCCUACAACUUCAGUGACAGAAACAAAUUCACCACAUGGAGAAGACUGUGGCUUUACCUCGCUAAGGCCGAAAAGGAAUUGGGUCUCCCCAUAACCGAUGCCCAGGUGAGUGAGAUGGAGUCUCACUUGGAGGACAUUGAUUUUGUCAUGGCUGCAGAGGAGGAGAGGAAGUUGAGGCAUGAUGUCAUGGCUCACGUGCACACGUUUGCUCACUGCUGUCCCACCGCUGCUCCCAUCAUCCACUUGGGCGCCACUUCCUGUUAUGUGGGAGACAAUACGGAUCUGAUAAUGCUGCGUGAUGGAUUUGACAUCCUGCUACCCAAGCUGGCUCGUGUCAUAGACAGGCUGGCUAACUUUGCAGAGAAAUAUGCUGACCUGCCGACUUUAGGCUUCUCCCAUUAUCAACCAGCUCAGCUGACUACAGUCGGGAAGCGUGCUUGUCUGUGGCUGCAGGAUCUGGUCAUGGACAUACGUAAUCUUCAGCGUGCAAGAGAGGACCUGCGCUUCCGGGGCGUCAAAGGAACCACAGGCACUCAGGCCAGCUUCCUGCAGCUCUUCCAGGGGGAUCAUGAGAAGGUGAAUGCAGCAAAAACCAUUCUUUUACUGGAAAGAACCCUGGACGACAGCGCUAACAGGAGGAUCUCAUUGCCCGAGUCCUUCCUCACAGCGGACAUCAUCCUCAGCACUCUGCAGAACAUCACUGAAGGGCUGGUCGUGUAUCCUAAGGUGAUUGAGAGACAUAUCCGUCAUGAGCUGCCUUUCAUGGCUACUGAAAACAUCAUCAUGGCCGUGGUGAAGGCUGGAGGAAACAGACAGGACUGCCAUGAGAAGAUUCGGGUGCUGUCCCAGCAAGCUGCGGCCGUAGUCAAACAGGAAGGCGGGGAUAAUGACCUACUGGCUCGGGUUCAGGCUGAUCCAUAUUUCACCCCUAUACUUGGACAGCUGGACGCCUUACUGGACCCCAAAACCUUCGUCGGCCGAGCCCCACAACAGGUUACCAGGUUUUUGUCUGAGGAGGUCAGGCCUGUUCUAGAGCCAUACAAAAGUAAUAUGGACAUCAAGAUUGAACUAGAGCUCUGAGACAAACAUACGAGACUGUGACACAUCAGAAUAGUAUUUCAAUAAAGAAAUGUCAAGACAUAAUAUAUUUGAGAGGCUGGGAGGGAGGGAAGGGGUAAUGGCCUAAUUACCCCUUAAAAGCAACAUGGCAGCAUUUGGGAAAACAAGCAUGAGAAGACUACUGACUUAAGAUGGCUGUCAUGGGAUUCACAGUGCAGGACUGCAGAACUUUAUCAGAGAUUCAUCACGACGGCAAUUAAUCAGCUGUUGGAGAAACCACGAGGCAAGCACACAAGCCAGGCUAUCCAUCAACAGAACAGGACAAGUCACAGGAAGUUGUUGUGCAAACAGGAAGGACAGAAUGAAGAGUGGAAGAUGACGUCCACAUCAGGGGAAAUGCAAUGCACCUUGAGCAUCAUAUGGAAUCCAAAAUCCAAUCAUCAUCUGAGCCAAAUUGCGAGCCGCACAUCCAGGCAUGGAGAUAAAGCCACAUUCCUCACAAUGACGGAACCUGAGACGCGGUAGAAAGAGAGCUGCUGAUGGAGGGAGGAAAACAGCUUGUCAUCCAUUCUCUCAGAUCAACUAAUAACAGAGAGCACGUGCUGGAGGAAACCUAUAGCCAGAACUAAUGGAAGCACAUACACAAAAACUGAAACCCAGAUCAAGUAUGACGUUUCUGUAUUAUCCUGUUUUGGGAUAUUGUGAUACAAAAUACUGGAUGGAAACACCAAGACGCAAAUACAAUUUUAAAAAUAUGCACAAAAAAUGCAUGCACUCGCUUAAGGUGGAUACAUUUUUCAGUCUUUAAGAAGAUGUGCUCAUAAACAACAAUAAAAACACAGGCUGAAUUCAGAAUAGAAUACUAGGACUCUUAAAGAUACGACUUAAAGAUAUUCUGGAUGAAUUAAAAAAAAAAGUGUGACUUUGCCUAAACAAGUCAUGUGACUGAAUAGUUUCAGGCAUAACAUAUUUUUGUAGGCAAAAACCCGGAAUUGAGUUACUGUAGCAUUUUGCACUUCUGGUUUCAUCGUCCAGAAGUCAAUGGUUUUCAUGAAUGGGCUUUGGUUAAAUGGCUGAAAUAAGGUCUGUGGUCAACACAACCUCAAGAUAUUUUUAUGGUUUAUUCUACAACAUAAAAUGCAUCAGUAAUACCCCUCUGUGUUUUUUUAAAGCUUUUACUUCGCUGCAGCACCUAUUACCUGUUAGAACUGUAUGGCAUACAGUUAGGGCAUUUUUGUCUGUUUUAAACCCCCAAAGUCCAUUUUAAAAUUAAGUAGUAAGAUAUAAAAGACUGUAUAGUCACCGUGUGUGCACGAUAGCUAAGUGUACUAGUGCUGUGCAUCAUUCUAUGGUGUAUGUUAGCACGACCAAUCAGCAUCCAGAACUGCUUUUUUUUUUCAUAACAUGGAGCAAAGUACACAUGAUUUUCAAUUUAGAAGCUGUGUGAAUCCAGCUUAGUGUUGGUAUGCUUGUGUGUGAGAAGAAUGUUGUGCAUUUUUGUCUCUGUUUGGCUGGCAUGGUGGGAGGAACACUGGGGGAGGGGUUUUGUUGCUUGGGAUUUUCCCAGCAUAACACACACAGGCCUGAAAUCAAGCAGGUCUCAAUCUUACUGUCAUUCCAUCCUGACACCUGCAACCUCAUCAAAAAACCUGCUGCCAUCAAUCAUAACUUUGCAUACGACAGAUUUAUGACCAAAAGCAACUUGGUCAAAAUCAGACCUUGCACAAAUUUGUGUCGUUCAUGGUCGACACUCACACAUUAAGAAUAUGUGUGCGAGUGAUGCAGCUAUUACAAAUAAUUUUUCUGUCCUUAAAAAUCUUCAAACACUCAUAUAAAGAGGCAUUCCUGUACGUUCACAUAGCCACAGAUUUAUAUGCACCUAUAAAAAAACAGACAUCGCAGAUGUUCGGAGCAAAAAACAUGAUGCAGAUGACAUGUGGAGUAAAAAACAAGAUAUCAUGGCCACAAAUUAACAGUUUGUAACAAUAACAGUUAACAGUUUGUACUGUUUCAUACAGUGUGCGUUGAUGAUCUUGCUCUUCGAGACAGAGCAAGCUUUAUCUGUGGCUGAAUGUGAACUGCGCUCGCUAAAAUAUUUGAGAUCUUUUAAGAGACUCAGAAGAGGUCAAAGGUUUUUUGGCUCUAACUUGCUAUGGCACGAGUGAGUCACUUUUCAAACACUGUUCCCAACAGAAUCUAAAAACAUCCAGCUGCAAAAAAAAUAUCUGUGUAUGUAAAAAAAUGCAAACAGAAGAUUUUAUGUAAUAUUAUUUCUUUGUGGUGGUGCUGUUAAAGAUCAUAAUAUAAAAUUGAAGCCAAGUUUGACUUGGUUAUAUUUCUUUCCCAUCCGUGUGUUUACAGGCGCAUCAACAUAAGAGAAAGAAAUGGGGAAUAAAGAGGAAUGAAGGGGAAAGAAGAUGAUCGAGUCCCAUGAAUCCUAAACUAGGAGGUGAAUCCGAGGUGAUUCUUGUGGCCAAUUUGGUGUCACUUAAAGGCAUAGUUCACCCCA